CGCGAUCAGGGUGGCCUCAACAGGAAAAGGGCCGGUUUAACUGCGGUCCGCCUGCGAGUCGUGCAUUUUAUUCCCAACAUGAGUGAUUCAGGACCUGACAGAGAUAUCAGCAGAAAUGACAGUGAAGUGAAAGAAGGCACAUUCUGGUUGGCAAGAAAUGUUCUUUUGAGAUGUCUUGGAUUAAUUUACUUUUUGGCAUUUCUUAUUGCCUUGGAUCAGAACAGACGGUUGUAUGGAAAAGAUGGCCUGAUCCCAUACAAAACAUCCAAUACACAUCUUAGAGACACCAUCAACAGAUUUGCUGACACAGAACAAGAGGCUAUUUUCUACCACAGCCUACCAUAUGAUAAUGUUCUUGCUUUUUUAACGCAAGUUGGCUUGUCUCUGUCGCUGUUCCUCGUCUUUAGAGGAGCAGCAAACUGGCUCUUGAUGUUGUGCCUGUGGACCAUUUACCACUUACUUGUUGACGCCGGACUGCAGCGGCACAGCUUUGGUUGGGAGUUUCAGCUCCUAGAGACUGGAUUCCUGGCUACAUUCCUGUGCCCUGUGUGGAGCCUGAGACAACCACCGACAUCUCGCGCUGUCAUCCGGGGGUUCAAAUGGAUGUUUUUCCGCAUUAUGUGGGGAUGGAGUUCCGACAAAAUCCGGAGAGAUCAUGAUAUUUGUUCCACAUAUUUCACUUGCAUGAAUUAUCAUUAUCAGACCAGGCCAUUUAGUACCGACACUAACUUUCCAAAGACGUGGGAAUACCAGUUUUAUAUCUACCAUGUGUUAGCUCCAAACCUCCUGAUGUAUGGACGCAGAAUGACCAUCAUUGCAGGAGCAAUAGGAAUAUUUUCUCAGGUUUCGUUAAUUAUCAGUGGUGACCUGAUUCUGUUCAACUGGUUAAACAUUGUUCCCUGUCUGGCAUGUUUUGAUGAUCGGAGUGUAUGUUGGCUGCUGCCCGGGCGUUUGAGGAGGCAGAUAGCCUACAAGCAAGAGCUCACGCAGACAGAGGGUCUUAAAGCGUUCGACUGCUGUUUGGGACUCUUCAUUGUCGUGCGGAGUAUUCCAGUUUUAAUCAAAAUACUUGAAGAUCAACAAAUUCCAAUUACCAAUGAGAAGCUACUGACUUUACCCUAAAAUUCAAGCUUCAUAUAUCCAUCCAAAUGUGCGAUUGUUUGUUUAUGUCAGAAGUAUACAGAGGGUCCUACAGCUGUCUCCUGGGCCCUGUUCAACAAAGCGAUCUCAGCGCUACGACUGUAGUAAGUCAGUGUUAAUGAAUGGGAGUUACGAUCGACCUUGCGCUAACAUCGCUUUGUGGAACCGGGCCCAGGGGAUAGUAGUGCCAGGAACUUGCGGGAAUUCUUUAAUUGGAGCUUCGUAAAUGAGGCAAGAGUUUGUGACUUUACGAAUGUAACAAGGAGAUGGAAAGAAUCAAGUGUUGUAUAUUUUCUGUGUGCUGUGGGAAACGAAUAUCCAAAUGUGACGCCCCAAGCACAGAUACAUUGCACGGAGCAACAUCGUUUCCGGAAACAAAUAUUUCAAUAAGGGCAUAUGAUCAAUUGAAAUUCCAUGUUGGAUGAUGAGGCAGCGGUUAAUUAAGUGUGACUUCUCUGGAUUGUAAAUCAACAGGAUAGUUGUCGUUGUUCAUUAGUACUUAUUGUUUUGUUUGUUCCGUCACACGAAAACGACCAAAUACAUCCCUUUAGUUACGACGGAUGGCUGAAAUGUUCUGAGCCAAAUUACAAAGGGCGUAUAGUACACCCCUAACAGUUUGCAUGUAUAAGUAUAGUGGACUCAAAUUCGGAUAUCCGUGAAAACCGGACCUUUUCUCCGGUCGCCUCGGUUCCUCAAUAAAUUAUCAUUUCUCACACUGACCUACAACUCUCUCAUUUGGAUUUUUUACACUUCGGACGUGGGACUAAAAUUUCGGUCUCAACAAGCAAUUUACUAUUGAAAAGAAGCUGUCUGAAUCAGACUGGACCAGACCGGACCGGACCGGACCGGAUGUUCUCUCACUUUGAACUAAACUCAGUCACUGUCAGAUAAAACAUCAAUGCUAAUCCUGCAUGUAAUCCUAUUGUUGUCCGCUUCGUUGAUAGAAUUUACUCACCUGUUAAUGAGAAACUCUUAAUUCUUAGAUUAACUCAGUGUCGUCAGCAUGUCCAUAAUAAUGGUAAACAAUAUUUUCCAUGUUCCAUACGGACAUGUGUCAACUUUAUAGGGGAUAAUGCUCCUUCCUUUGGCACUGUUAUGAAUUGGACGCGAAGCUCAACGAGAAGAGAGAGCCUCGAAGAUGAUCCAAGAUCAGUAAGACCUUCAAGUGCCACCACUACGGACUACACCAUACAAGGCUCGCUAAAUACAAUGUUUAUUCCCAGUGCUGGAUAUUUACCAUCCCCAAACACACUCGCGUGAUAACCUCUCUUUAUGUUUCUAUGGUUCGCGUUUCUUUUGGCGGUAAGUAUGUAUCAUGCAGGCUUUUUAACACCAAUUGAUAGGAUAUUGAAUAGUCAACAUCUCUGCGUCAUUUUACAGUUAGAGGUAGGCCAAGUGCAAAUCUGCUUUUCAGAACUUAAAUAUGCGUCUGAAAAAACUCGACAUCCACGAGGUUAGGGCAGAAAAAUAUAUAAAUUCUUAAAAACAACCUUGUUUUAUCGUGUGUAGUCAUGGUCCAGAAUAGUCUCCCUUUGUCUGAAUAGUCUCCCUUUGUCUGAAUAGUCUCCCUUUGUUGUGUACACACCAAGCUCCUCACAGCGAUAAUCCGUUCGGGGAGCUCUAUACUAUCGCUGCCACCAGUCAAUACUCCCCACUGGGAUAGGUGGCCCCAACCAUGCUUGGAGUUGAACUCGCAACCGAAUGACCGUUAUGUUUACAAACAAGUGACGACUGUCGUGACGCCGAAUACACUUACCGCUGAUAAAUUACUUUCUUUGUUUGUCAAUUUG